CUGCCAAGGGACCAGUGUGCUGUCCUUUACUUGGACUGCUAUCUAGUACAUACGAGUGCUGAUUUCUUGGAUUUCUUACAAUCAGAAUACCUGUAUGUCAUCCCUUUAUUCGUCCCUGCAAACUGUAAUGAAGGCACUCCUGUAUUCCAACCAGCAGACGUUGGUCUGCAGCACAUCCUCAAACACUAA